AUGUCAACCAUCACCCUCAAUAAACCCAAGGAUAAGAAACUGCAUCCAGAUUUAGUAUGGAAGGAUCACACAGACGAUGACACUGUGUAUCUUACAGACGAGAUCGAGGUGGAGGUGGAUCCGUCUCGCUGGGGUCGAUUCAAAGCAGCCACAAGGAGGAGUGGUUAUGUAAUAGCAAGUUACGGAGCUAAAAUCGGCAGUGUCUUAGGCCUGGUGGGAGGCUCAGAGGACGAUAUGAGGCAUACAGAGGUUUCAAUGCUGAAGGUCAGAGAUGAUCUGGUGCUGAGUUCGGCGCCUGCAGUGAAGACGCAGUCGGUGAUUUCACAGUGGUCGGGGCUUGCGCCGGUACAGGGUGGCUCGUACUUCACACCCAGAUCUAAGCAGCGCAAACUGGUCGUGGGGGUAGUGGUAUCGUUUGCGGGAUUUACGGAGGGGAACAGGAUCAACACGCGCACCCAACUGCAGCGCACACUGGAGAGUCUGUACGAUCAGGAGCAGCAGUGCCACGACCUGGACGUUGAGUUUAUCUACCUGGCGGUCAUGGAUGGCAUGCCGCUAGCGGAUAACGAUAUCACGGGCUACAUCAGCAGCACGUACAACCAGCAACAGUGGGCCAAUAAUCUACGCAUGCAACACGACCCAAGACACGUGACCAUCAUGCAGGCUAAGGUAUCGGACGCGCAUGAGCACGACCAUGGACUGGUGGAGGUGGCGCCGGGCAAACGCCUGCGCAUGACGACGAUCAUCAAGGGCGAGCCAGCCGGUAAGGUGAACUCGCACGAGUGGUUCUUCUCGGCCUACAGCUCGGUGUAUGAGGUGGACUACGCAUUCACCACUGAAAUCGGCACAACGUACGCGACGUCGUUUAUGUCCAACCUGAUCAACUACCUGGAGUCCCACGCCCACGUGAGCGCUGUAUCUGGCCGGCAGCGGGUGAUGAGCUCCACCAUGCAGUCGUUGCACACCGAAGGGUUGACGGAGAUGUUCUAUCGUGCGGUCCAGUCGUACGACCAGGAAGCACGCAUAACUAACCUGCAAGGCGCGCAAACCUUUGUGGGCAUGUUGCCGCUCAUCUGCGGGGCGGCGGGGCUGUGGCGCAUGAGUGACCUGGAAGGAGAACCGCUGGACUACUACCUCGACUACCCCAAACAGAUCACGCUGGACCAGGGCCUACGGGUGGGUAACCUGUUGCUAGCGGCCGAUAAUGUGCUGAGCUAUGCCGCGUGCCUGAUGACGGGCAAGCAGACUCAGUGGGUGCCUAAUGCAGUGUUCUACACCGAGGCUAAGCUGGAGAGCCAAUCCUUCAUCACACAGCGCAAGAGAUGGGCGAACGGUACGAUGGCGUGCUACUUGAUCAUGCUGUUCAAUUCCUUCGGAGACAUAUUCGACGGUCCCCACAAGCUGUCGUUCAAGCUCAAUGUCUUCCUACACAUGUUGCUGCAGAUGGUCGUACAGGCCGUGACCGGCGUGAGUCCGGGUCUCAUGGCCGCGCUGGCGUACUUCUCGGCGGUAGAGAUGAACUUCGGGGGCGACGAGUACAAGAUGUAUGUAGCGUACGGCGUCACGGCUGUGAACUGCAUUCUGUACGUGUUGUUCUGCGCCGUGCACUUCCACAAGCGCUUCUCCCAGUUCACGUACAACAUAGUCAUUGCCUGGACCAUAGCCGUGACCCUGAUGGUGGCGUCCAGCGUCAUAUUCAUGUUCGCCGCGUCUAACUCCGCUGCCCUGGCUAUAUUCUCCGUGGCCGUGCUGCUCCCGUCUCUGCUGGCGCUCUUACACAGCCUGGAUGUGUUCGUCAUCAUGACCGUCUCGGUUUUCCAGUACGCCAUGUUCCUGCCCGUAUUCACCGCGUGGUUUUCCGCGUACGCCUACUGCCGCGUGUGGGACGUGUCUGAGUACGACACCCUCACCAUCAAGGGACGCGCGCAGAAGGGCGCCGGCCUGGCCAUCAUGCUGACGGUGAUGGCGCUCAACAUUGGCGUGGCCGCGGCGCUCAUAGGACUGGCCAGCCUGAACCGGCUCAUGCACCUAUUCCUGGGCGUGGUAGGACUGACCCUGAUCCCGCAGUUUAUGUCGUUGAUCUACUUCCUGUUCUAUACCGAGCACUGCCUGACGGGCAGCCUGCGCAGUGUGAGUUUCAGGUGGAUGGCCGUGGCGAGUUCAGUGCUGUAUGCAUUGACGGUAGUGCUGCUGUGUGUGGGCUGCUUCACCACGUCCUGGCUGACGAACAGCGUGCCGGUGUAUAUCCAUGCCAACACAACCGCUGUGCUCAAUGAGACACGCCUGCAGUACGAGGGCCCCUACAUGCUCAUGAACGAGACUGAGGUUUUUGAUUCUAUCAAGGGUGACUCACUAGCGUCCCUGGCAUCGCACUCAGACCUUCGUGUGGGUGGGUGGGAUGGCCGCGUCAUCAACGUCAACGGCACGAUCCUUGAACCCGAAGCCGAAUCCAAGCUACUGGGCGUACACAGUUACCAAACAGAUACGAUCAUCACAACGUCCACCAUCUGGAGGCUGGAUCCGGUCAAGGCAUUUGAGACGAAACUCAAUCUCUAUCACCUCAAGUUCACAGCCUACUACGUCAACGACUCAACAAUAGUCACUGAUACGGCCAACACAACGCUCGACGCUCAUGGCACCGUGCUCAACACUAGGACACACCGCGUGGCCCACUUUCAGCGCUACCUCAACUUCUCCUACAUCGACCACAAUGGGGACCUACAGGUGUCCAUAACGGACGUAUCCGACCGGAACUACACCAACACAUACCAGAUGAAGACAGAGACCAACGAAACCCUGGUGCUGAACUCACUCCAGUACACCUACGGACGGUAUGACGGAUACGUGGACCUGUUCUACGGCCUGCUUUUCCUCGAACUGGACUUUCACACCACCACUCCGUACAAGAGUGAGGCCCUGCCCUGGGGGGGCGAUCUCAUGUCCCACUAUCCGGGUGGCUCCUGGGCCUUCUGUGUGCUGCUGGUGUGUGGUGCGCUGGUGUUCCUAGGCAUGAUCGCCAUGGCAACGCUGUUCUCGUUCUGCGCCAAUGACCAGUCGCGUGUGCACGGCGUGGUGAUCGUGUUCAUGUGGGUCAUCGUGAUAGCGUUGCUGAUGUGCGUCUUCCUCUUCCCGGCCUCAUGGGGCGGGAUGAAUACAUACCACAUAGGCUGGUGGAACCCGGACAAUACCAACGGCACGUAUCUGUGCGGCGAGAGUACAGGGAUAUAUAACCCAGGCGACUGUUCAGUGGGCUGGUCCUAUUGGAUGGUUGUACUGGCUUUCGUUGUGGCUAUGUUUGGUUACAACUCGGCACGGUACAUGCUGUAUAAGCCGGCGAAGCAGAACGCUGACCACAGACACCUGCUAACCACCCGGGAUGUCGAUCCGGAAUCGUAUAACGCGCCGAGGACUGUCCACGCAGCAGCAGCAUUCGAAUAUAACUUACGAAUAGACACAACUUAG